AAAUCCAUCGUCUUCUUCUCAGUCCCUCAAUGGGUAAAACCCAGGUCGCAUCCUCCGUUCGUCGUCUCUUAAAACACACAAUCUUCUUUAUCCUGUCCUUUUGAACCCCAUUUUCUUUAUAAAGUCUUGAACUUCGUCGAUCUAUCUCUCUCUGUCACUUCACUUUUUCCUUUCCUUUCCAAGUCCAACACUUCUCUGGACUAUGCCUGCCUCCAACUAGGGUUUAAGUUUCAUACAAAUGGCCGGCAUUGCGUCCCCUUUAAAACGAUAGAUUCUAGAUAAUCAUAUUUUUUAAAAAGAUUUCUUUUUUUAUAUUUUAAAUUCUUGUGUGUUGGUAAAUCGACUCUUGACAUGGACGGAGCAAAUAACAGCGGCUCCGGUGGCGGCACGCAGACGCCGGCUCCUGCUCCCAUUCCCAAUACCAACGCGCCUCCGCCGUUUCUUAGUAAGACAUAUGACAUGGUGGAUGACCCGUCCAGUGAUGCGAUCGUUUCUUGGAGCUCAACCAACAAUAGCUUUAUUGUUUGGAACCCUCCUGAGUUUGCCCGGGACCUUUUGCCUAAGUACUUCAAGCACAAUAACUUCUCCAGCUUUGUUAGGCAGUUGAAUACAUAUGGUUUCAGGAAGGUCGAUCCAGAUCGGUGGGAAUUUGCUAAUGAGGGCUUUUUGAGGGGUCAGAAGCACUUGCUUAAGAGUAUAACCCGGCGGAAACCUGCCCAUGGUCAUAGUCCGCAACAGGCACAACAAUCUCAUGGGCAGAGUUCAUCUGUAGGGCCAUGUGUAGAGGUUGGGAAGUUUGGUCUAGAGGAAGAGGUUGAAAGGCUCAAAAGAGAUAAGAAUGUGCUCAUGCAGGAGCUUGUGAGGUUGAGACAACAGCAACAGGCCACUGAUAACCAGAUGCAACAGAUGGUUCAGCGCCUUCAGGGCAUGGAACAACGUCAGCAGCAAAUGAUGUCAUUCCUUGCAAAGGCUGUCCAGAGCCCUGGCUUCUUGACACAGUUUGUACAACAGCAAAAUGAGAGCAAUAGACGCAUAACUGAAGCCAACAAAAAACGACGCCUUAAGCAGGAGGGUAUUCCUGAAACAGAGUGUGCUACUGCUUCUGAUGGACAAAUUGUUAAGUACCAACCUUUGAUGAAUGAAGCUGCUAAAGCAAUGUUGAGGCAGAUCAUGAAAUUGGAUACCCCUUGGCUAGAAUCUUUCAAUAAUAACUCAGACAAUUACUUGAUCGGCGAUGGCUCAACAUCAUCAGGGGCAAUGGACAGUGGGAGCACUUCAAAUCGGAGUUGUGGAGUAACCCUUCAAGAGGUCCCCCCAACUUCAGUGAAUGCUCCCUCAGCUGGCAAGUCUGAAAAACAGUCUUCUCCACAGUAUGGGGCUUCUGAAAAAGUUACGACUGCUCAAUACCCCGAUGUAAAUGUGCUCAUUGGUGCAUCUGAGAAACUUUCUGUCCCUGUUUCUGAGGUAGAUGUCAUGCCUGAGCUUUCUUCAAUACCAGAGAUGGCGACAGGAAGUAUUCUUGAUAUUCCUGAAGAGAAUUAUAUGGGACCUGAAACAGGAGAUGAGGGAUUCAUGGAUCCUAACUUACUGGGGGUAAAUGGGUCGAUGCCCAUUGAUAUUGGUAGUAUUUCGCCUGAUACUGACAUUGAUGACUUGUUACGCAACUCUUCUUUUUGGGAUGACUUCGUGCAAAGUCCAUUGCCGGGGGAGAUUGAGAUUGAUGCUGCUGAUGUGUUAAAGGGAAAUGAGGCGCAGGCAGUCGAAAAUGGAUGGGACAAAGCGGAAAAUAUGGAUCAACUUACAGAGCAGAUGGGGCUUCUUUCUUCUGACGCAAAAAAAGUUUGAUUGGCCCUCUACAAAAUGUAGAAUUAUGUCAUUUUUUCAAGGUAUCCCCGGGCUCAAACAGCACGGAACUGAUGUCUAAUAUAUAAAAUUCAAAAGCAAGGGAAAAGAUGUCUAAAAUAUAACCGCAUCGGCAGUUGCUCAUUGGAAAAGUAGCUGAUGAUUUGUGUUUGGUC